CUUUUAGUCUUGCCACUCCUUGCGUUCCGGCACGGAUAACACAUGGGCAAUAAGUAAUCAAGAUAUCUAACAAUGCGUAUUGAAAAAUGUUACUUUUGCUCGGGGCCUGUGUAUCCAGGGCACGGUACAAUGUUUGUGCGGAACGAUUGCAAGACAUUCAGGUUCUGUAAAUCUAAAUGCCUGAAAAACUUCAAAAAGAAACGUAACCCGAGAAAGACCCGGUGGACCAAGGCUUUCAGGAAAGCCUCUGGCAAGGAGUUGACCGUGGAUAACUCAUUGGAGUUCGAGAAACGCAGAAAUAUUGCUGUCAAAUACAAGAGGGAAUUGUGGAGCAAGACAGUUGAGGCAAUGAUGAAGGUGGAAGGAAUAAAACGGAAACGACAGGCACAGUUCAUCCUCAACAGACUGAAGAAGGGCAAGCAGUUACAAAAGGCGGAAGACAUAAGCGAAGUGAAGAAAAACAUUCACCUCAUCAAAGCCCCACAUGCCGACAAAGCCAAGGUUAUGGAGGAGAAGAUGGUGCAGAAGUUACAAGAAGAUGUGGAAAUGGGUGACAAUUAGCAAGUCCUUUUUGGGGCUCUGUUGAAAUAGAGACCCACAAAAUUAAACAGUUGGCUCUAUCAAUUACAUCCAUAGAGACUUUCCUGAAUAAAACACUGUAUGAAGAUAUCUGGACAACCGCUUUGGACGAAACAAGGAGUUGAAGCACUGCAACCCAGGGAAGUUGUGCUGUGCUAACAACAUGAAACACUUAAUCACAGUCUUCCUGGAGGGUGCUCUCAAAUGUUGGAUUUAAUAAAGUAUUGACCU